CACCGGGCCGUACCGGGCCGAACCGGGGCCGGGGCUCGGCACCAUGAAGCUGACCACCCAGGCUUACUGCAAGAUGGUGCUCCACGGCGCCAAGUACCCGCACUGCGCCGUCAAUGGGCUGCUGGUGGCCGAGCGACCGCCGGCGCCGCGGCCGGCGCAGCCCGCGCUGUUCGUGGAUUGCAUCCCGCUCUUCCACGGCACGCUGGCGCUCGCUCCCAUGCUGGAGGUGGCCCUGACCCUGAUUGAUUCCUGGUGCAAGGAGAACAGCUACGUGAUAGCUGGAUAUUACCAGGCGAACGAACGCGUGAAAGAUGCCAGCCCAAACCAGGUUGCAGAGAAAGUGGCCUCCCGGAUUGCCGAGGGUUUCACGGACACGGCGCUCAUCAUGGUUGACAACACCAAGUUCACCAUGGAGUGUGUGGAGCCUGCCAUCCACGUGUACGAGCUGCACGAGAACAAGUGGAGGUGCAAGGACCCCCACGUUGACUUCUGUGAAGACUGGACCGAAGCCCAGCGCAUCGCUGCCUCCCUGCUGGACAGCAAAUCCUACGAGACCCUGGUGGAUUUCGAUAAUCACCUGGACGACAUCCGCAACGACUGGACAAACCCCGAGAUCAACAAAGCUGUGCUGCACCUGUGCUAGGAGGGAUCCUCCUGACUAAUCCAUGGGCAUUCCCACUCUGUACUGAAGAGAGAAAAACGCUAUUUUUGAAUGUAAAUAGAAUUCAUAUUCAGUACCUUGUGUGGAAAGCUGACUGAUUAAAGGGGAGAGGCGUGUCC